AGAUUUCCGAGCAUCAUGGUUUACAGAGAUGAUUAUUUCAUCAGACACUCCAUUUCGGUAUCCGCGGUGAUACUACGCGCCUGGAUUACUCACAGAUAUAGUGGUGGAGACUUGAAUGUUAAAUGGGAGGACAAUUUGCUACAUGCCGUAGCUAAGAAUUAUACUCUGCUGAAGACGGUCCCGCCUUUCGAACGCCCUUUCAAAGACCAUCAAGUGUGCCUGGAGUGGAACAUGGAUUAUAUUUGGAACCUUCGGGCAAACAAGAUUCCCCAGUGUCCUCUUGAAAGUGAUGUGGUCACCCUGCUGGGCUUUCUCUAUGCCUCCAGUGGAGAAAACACAGGCAUUGUGAAGAAGUUCCCGAGGUUUCACAACCGAGAGCUGGAGGCCACCCGACGCCAGCGGAUAGAUUAUCCAGUGUUUACUGUUUCAUUGUGGCUUUAUUUACUCCAUUAUUGCAAGGCCAGUCUCUGUGGGAUUCUGUACUUUGUUGAUUCUAAUGAGAUGUACGGCACGCCGUCUGUAUUUCUUACCGAAGAGGGCCACUUGCAUAUUCAGAUGCACCUUGUCAAAGGAGAAGACCUUGCGGUAAAAACGAAAUUCACCAUGCCCUUGAAGGAGUGGUUUCGACUGGAUCUCUCUUUUAACGGAGGCCAGAUAGUGGUAGCCACCAGCCUUGGACAGGAUUUGAAAAGCUACCAUAAUCAGACCAUUAGCUUCAGGGAGGAUUUCUAUUAUAAUGACACUGCUGGGUACUUCAUUAUUGGAGGGAGCAGGUAUGUGACUGGCAUUGAAGGGUUUUUUGGACCCCUGAAGUACUAUCGUCUCCACACUCUGCACCCUGCACAGAUUUUAAACCCCCUCCUUGAGAAGCAGCUUGCUGACCAGAUCAAGUUAUAUUACGAAAGGUGUGCUGAGGUCCAAGAAAUAGUGUCUGUGUACAUGUCCACGGUACAGCAAGGGGGCAGGAGACCAGAAGCAUGCGACCUCCGGAACUCCUAUCUGGACCUGAAGCUCAGGUACGGGAGGCCCUCCACGUGCAGAGCCUUCCCCUGGGAGCAGGAGCUGAAAGACCGCCACCCCAGCUUGUUCCAGACCUUGGUGGAGAUGGGUUUGUUGACAGUACCGAGGAACCAAAAUGAAUCUGUAUUAGAAGUUGGCGGGAGGAUAUUUGAGAAGGCUGUAAAGAGACUCUCCAGUGUUGAUGGUCUUCACCAAAUUAGCUCUGUCGUCCCCUUUCUGAUGGAUUCCAGCUGUUGUGGAUACCAUAAAGCAUCCUACUACCUCGCAGUCUUCUAUGAAACUGGAUUAAGUGUACCUCAGGAUCAGCUGCAGGGCAUGUUGUAUAGCUUGGUGGGAGGCCAGGGCAGUGAGAGGCUGUCUUCAAUGAAUCUUGGCUACAAGCACUACCAGGGUGUCGAUAACUACCCCCUCGACUGGGAGCUGUCUUACGCAUACUAUAGCAACAUUGCCACGAAGACACCCCUCGACCAGCACACGCUACAGGGAGAUCAGGCAUAUGUCGAGACAAUUAGACUGAAGGAUGAGGAAACGCUCAAGGUACAAACGAAAGAGGAUGGAGAUGUCUUCAUGUGGUUGAAGCACGAGGCCACCCGAGGCAAUGCGGCAGCUCAGCAACGAUUGGCCCAGAUGCUGUUUUGGGGCCAGCAAGGUGUGGCCAAGAAUCCUGAAGCGGCAAUCGAGUGGUACGCCAAGGGUGCCCUGGAGACUGAGGACCCCGCGUUGAUAUAUGACUAUGCCAUUGUGUUAUUCAAGGGUCAAGGAGUAAAAAAGAACAGACGGCUUGCCUUAGAGCUGAUGAAGAAAGCGGCUUCCAAGGGAUUGCAUCAGGCAGUCAAUGGCUUAGGAUGGUAUUACCACAAAUUCAAGAAAAAUUAUGCUAAAGCGGCCAAGUACUGGCUAAAAGCAGAAGAGAUGGGGAACCCGGAUGCAUCGUACAAUCUUGGAGUCCUGCAUUUGGAUGGCAUUUUCCCAGGAAUUCCUGAAAGGAAUCAAACGUUAGCCGGUGAAUAUUUCCAUAAGGCUGCACAAGGCGGACACAUCGAAGGAACCUUGUGGUGUUCUCUCUAUUAUAUCACAGGCAACCUGGAGACCUUCCCUAGAGAUCCCGAGAAGGCUGUGGUAUGGGCAAAGCACGUAGCUGAGAAAAAUGGCUACUUGGGCCACGUCAUUCGCAAAGGCCUCAAUGCCUACCUGGAGGGUUCAUGGCACGAAGCUUUGCUGUAUUAUGUUUUAGCAGCAGAAACUGGAAUUGAAGUGUCACAGACAAAUUUAGCACACAUCUGUGAGGAGAGGCCAGAUCUGGCCAAGAGAUAUUUGAGCGUGAAUUGUGUUUGGAGAUACUAUAAUUUCUCUGUUUUUCAAAUCGGUGCUCCUUCGUUUGCAUAUCUGAAAAUGGGAGACCUUUACUACUAUGGCCACCAAAACCAGUCACAAGACCUUGAGUUGUCUGUGCAGAUGUACGCCCAAGCCGCAUUGGAUGGAGACUCACAGGGAUUUUUUAACCUGGCUCUGCUAAUUGAGGAAGGUGCUAUAAUCCCACAUCAUAUUUUGGAUUUCUUGGAAAUUGACCCAACUAUCCAUUCUAAUAACAUCUCCAUCCUUCAGGAACUGUAUGAAAGGUGCUGGAGCCAAAGUAGCGAGGAGUCCUUCAGCCCCUGUUCCCUGGCCUGGCUUUACCUUCACCUGAGGCUCAUCUGGGGUGCCGUGCUGCACUCCGCCCUGAUCUACUUUCUGGGAACCUUCUUGCUGUCUGUAUUGAUCGCCUGGACUGUGCAGUAUUUCCAGUCUGUUUCAGCCAGUGGUUCCCGUCCCACACCAGCCCGGGCCUCCUCAGACCCCACGGCCCCAUCCACCAGUCCGGCUGUGACUCCAGCUGCAGAUGCCUCCGCUCAGGACCAGCCCACGGUCACUAAUAACACAGAGCCUUGAGAGUGAACUGUGCGC